AGCUGUGAUACAAAUCCUCCUGGAGCAGCAUUUAGAGAUGGGAAGGACAAGAAGCAUCCAUAUCUACAGUGACACUGGACACCAUUGUUAACCUGAGUUGACAGCUUCCAAGAGUGGGGCAUCCCAAAAGGACUUCCUUCCCUCCAUCUCAAAUGCACCAUGAACUCUGAAACUACAGUUCAAAAUGCCUUUUAAAAGCAUUUUGCUGUUUACUUCUCUGAUAAUGGCUUGUGGUUCCGCAGGCUGGACACACAAAAGUGAGGAUGGGUGACAGUGUGACUCUGAGCUGUGCCCUGACAAAACCCAUGGAUGUUCUGCAAGUGACAUGGCAAAAGGACUCAGAAGAAUUACAUGAUAAUAUAGCUACAUACAGUGAAACAAAUGGAUUAAAGAUUCAGAAGCCCUAUGAAGACAGAAUGAAUUUCACAAGUUUGGAACUCAAUAAGACAAGCAUAACUUUUUGGGACACUAGAAUGGACGAUUCAGGAUGUUACAAGUGUCUCUUCAAUGUUUUCCCUUCUGGCCCUCUCUCAGGAAAUACCUGCCUGAGUGUUUUUGGUCUCAAUGCAUCUGUCCAUCACAACAUUUCUGAAGAUCAUUUGAUAGUCAUCUGUAAUGCUAAUGGCCUCCCAGAGCCCACCAUCACCUGGAACAACCUGUUCAAUUCUACUCCUACACAGAAGACAGUCAAGCACAAAAAUGGUAUUGUGUCCAUCACCAGUAAACUGGAAAUCUACAACAUUCAGAGCAUCAGUGCACAGGAUUUGAUCUGCAGAGUAAGCAACACAAAUGAAACAUUUGAAAUGCCUGUGAAAAUAAAAGGAGAAGAGGGAUUGUCAUUGCUUUGGCUGGUGAUUAUUGUGGUGCUUUUAGCAGUCAUUAUAGUUCUGAUUCUGAUUAUGCUGUUUUGGAGGAAGAUCCUAUGCAGGAGGAGCUGAAGUGGAUCCUUGAGGAUUUCCAUCCAUCUACUAGAUCAUUAGAAGCUAGCAGCCUGAAGUCUACAUUACACAUAGUGACUUGACUGGCUGGAAAGAAUCAGCAAAAAAAGGAGAAGACAUCAUAUAUACUGCCCUAUCUGGAAGCUGAGUUGAUCACUAAAAUGACUAACACAGUAUUUGCUAUCUGGUCUAGGCUCUUAAUAUUAAAAUGUAGGACUGGAGGGAACACUUGGUCUGCUGCUCUGCAGAGGAGGAGAUUUUGUCAAGCAAAACCUUCUUUGCCCAUGCCACUCUUGCUGCUGGGCAAAAUGUGUUUGUCUUCUUCCAACUGAGUUUUGAAAAUGUCCAUGGAUAGAAGCUCUGCAGACUCUCUCAGGAUUCUCGUCCAGUGCCUAAUUGCUCUUCCAGUAGAGAAAGAUUUAAUGUUUUGCCAACAUCUGUCUGCAAUUUCACUUGCAGGAACUCUGAGUUCAUGGCCCUCUUCCUGUCAUCUGGUUUUUCUUCUUCUUAUCCAGUUGUUCCAACUCCUUUUUCUCUGUCUGGAAAAACCUGCUGGACUCAAAAUCACAGGACUCAAACCACAAAGGAUUUGGCAAAAUUAUUGGGGAAGAGCAAUAGGUCUCCAAGCAGGUGACUAAAUAAAGGCAGUAGCAGCCACAGUUUGGAAAGAAGAAUUGUAAGUAAUUAGUACAAUACAGAAAUAAUAUACUUUAUUUGACUUUUUUCUAAUCCUGGAGUAUUUUCUUCUGUGUUUUCUGGGUUUUUUGGAGAUGUGUGUAGUGGGGUUAAAUAUAUAAGUGAGGAGGAGAUGGUAACAAAGGCCAGUAGUGGAAGCCUUGUCCCUAUCCUACUCCUUGCUGAGCUGUCAAAAGGCAUGGAUUUUGUCAAUAGUUUUUGUGCUUAUCUUAUGCACUGUUCAGAAUAGUCUUCCCAGUCUUCAUCCAUUUUUAUUGUGUCUUUUUAAACACAGAUAAAUUGCUUAGCUGGCCAAAAGCCAUUAUUCCAUGGCUGGACCUCACUGGGUGGGAUGUCACAUGCUGAGCUCACUGUCCUGUGUCACUACUGUGGCUGCAGUGAUAUCAGCUGGCAGUCUUACAGAGACUGAGCUUACUGAUUUGUCAUGCUUUUGGUAACAGAUAAAGACACUGCAGUAUUCUUAGGAGCUGGGACCUAAUUCUGCUCCUCUCCCAGCUGGAUUGGAGCUCCUCUCCCACCAUCCCAGGUUGUUCAUCACUGCCAGCCCAAGCCUGCUGAUCUGGCCAUUUCCAGGCUUAACGUUCCAGAUGCUUGACCCCCUCUGGUCGGGCAGCAGCAGGCUGCUCAGAAGGGCCAUGCACUCCUGGGCAUUUCCCUGCAGCUCCUCAUCUGUGUGAGGGGUUGAAGGCUCCAGGUACCCUCUGCCUCUGCGAUUGUUUUGGUUGGGACAGAGUUAAUUUCUUGAUAGAAGUUAGUAUGAGGCUACCUUUCUGACUGUCCCCUUCCCUCCUGGGGGACUGUGCAAGUAGCUGAGUAGUGCUUAGUUGCUGGCUGGGGUUAAACCAUGACAGCAUCUGAGCACCUUCGCAGGGUUUUGCGCCUGCCCCACAGAGCAAAGAUCGCUAAAUGCAAGCCUGCCUCUGGGUGUACCUUCUUAGUGGCCCAUUUUACUGACAGGACAGACAGAUGAGAGGACUGCAGGGGGUCCUCUGGUGAUUUUUUGUUCAGCUGAUGAGUGCUAGUGUUUAAGGUGUUUCUCAGCCUUCCUUCUGUCUGAAUGUUUGUCAUUGUAUCAGGAUCACUAACAGUAUUGUCUUUUCUUUUGGCUUUGAUGAGCAUUUGUUAGUGCAUCUGAAAUACUCCUUCUUACCAGAGUGCGUAAUUUUGGAUUGUGCCUUUUAUGUCAUAUGUUUACUAAGGGUACCAACUGUAAGGCUGAAAAAUUAACAAUGGAGAUUUAAAACUUAGGACUCAGUGUUCAGAACAAGUAUUUUGCUGGUUCUAGAGCUGUAGCCUGUCCAGAGUCUGGUAAAAACUUUCAUAUGUCUGUCUGCUUGUGUUACUGAGGAUGUGAGGGGUGAUGUUUGCUCUACUGUUGUAGAGCAAAAUAUGAAUUAUUUAUUUGUACAUCUCACUUUUUCUAAUUAAAAAAAAAAUCUGAUCCAACCAAAACACUGACUGGUCCUUUUUUUUUUUUUUUUUCUUACUUGUUUGGGAUACCAGAAAUGCAUCAUUGUAAGCUGGGCUUUUUAGUAGUUUUGAUUUAUACUUUGCUUCAUUUCUGACAGAAAAUGGCAGUUCAUGGGGCUUUUAGGGUGUUUUGGGGUAAUUUUUCUUUUUAAAAGAAGGUUUUGAACAAAACUUUUGAGAUAAAUUUACAGAAGGAUUUUUGUUUAGUUCAGUCAAAACAGUGUAUUCUAUAUUUUUGCAAUUAUUGUUUGUGUCAUGUUUGUUGCUUAAUUAUUUUUUAUCUAAAGUUACAUGCUCUACUGAUACAUUGUCUGUCUUGUUUUCUGUAUUUCCCUGGAUGACAAGAAGCCAAA